UUUUUUUUUUUCCUUUUUCAGCACAAUUUCCCCUAAAAUGCCAAGUGAACGCGAAGACCUGUUACCAGAUAUUACUACAGUCUGUUGUUCAAUCUCUAUAAUCUGCAGAUAAUAAUGGAAGUCAUGGCUCUUCAACUCCAUCACUUCCCCCUGUCCCCUUCUCCUUCGUCUAUCAAGCACAAUUACAAAGCUUCUCGUUGUUUCCGCCAUCUUCCCCAUCCCAAUUAUGCGUCUCGCCACCAUCUUCCUGUUUCAAGUAGCCGCAAUCGACGGGUUGUGGGCUGCGUUGGCAAGGAAAAUACCCAAUUGAGUCAAUCAUCGUCUACCGAAGAUGAACAGCCAGACGCCCAAGACCUAGAAUACAUUCGUCAGAUUCAAAGGGUCUUGGAACUUCUCAAGAAAAAUAGAGACAUGCUCUUCAAUGAGGUUAAACUUACCGUGAUGAUUGAAGACCCCCGGGAAGUUGAACGCAGGAGAUUACUUGGAAUUGACGACGAGGAUGCCCCAACAAGGGAUGAUUUAGCUAUCACUCUUGAAGAAGUCAAUGAAGGAAAGUUCCCGAAAAAUAGAGCAGCUCUCCAAAUGCUUGCUGAAGAGAUGACCAAUUGGCCCAAUUUGGAGUUUGCUGUUGUAUGGCCAAUACCAAUCAUCAUUUGGUCUACAGUAAUAGCCCUGUCUGUGAAUAGCUCGAUGAAGAGAGAGAACCUUAGUAUGAUCAAUGGAGAUCAUGGCUAUUGGAUUGACGAGGAGAUGUCGAUGGAUAAUGGGCAAUAACAGAAAAAGUAAUUCUCCGAGGCCGUUUUAAUACUACUUUUCUAGUGAUAUUUUGAUUGUGAUUCAAAAAAUUUCUCCAUGACACUUCAAACAAUUCCAAUUAUCACCAAGUUUUCAUUUAGAAAUAAGGGCGGGAUUUCUCAGAGAAAUACGUGAGGAAUAGCUUAAUCCCAGAUAAAUACGUGAGGAAUAGCUAACUAUACGUGAGGAAUAACUAACUAUGUGUGCUUUUCCUGGGAUUGAUUGGGAUGGAAAGGAUGAAUAACUAACUAUGUGUGCUUUUCCUGGGAUUGAUUGGGAUGGAAAGGAUGAAUAACUAACUAUGUGUGCUUUUCCUGGGAUUGAUUGGGAUGGAAAGGAUGAAUAACUAACUAUGUGUGCUUUUCCUGGGAUUGAUUGGGAUGGAAAGGAUGAAUAACUAACUAUGUGUGCUUUUCCUGGGAUUGAUUGGGAUGGAAAGGAUGAAUAACUAACUAUGUGUGCUUUUCCUGGGAUUGAUUGGGAUGGAAAGGAUGAAUAACUAACUAUGUGUGCUUUUCCUGGGAUUGAUUGGGAUGGAAAGGAUGAAUAACUAACUAUGUGUGCUUUUCCUGGGAUUGAUUGGGAUGGAAAGGAUGAAUAACUAACUAUGUGUGCUUUUCCUGGGAUUGAUUGGGAUGGAAUGGAUGGUAGGGUGGAUGAUUAUUAAUAGUAAAGGCUAGACAAUUUAUUAUUCAAAUAUCUAAAUCUUUUUUCCUAAAUUAGUUAGUUAUCUUUAUUCUUAUAAUACCUUAAUCAUUUUUUUAAAAU